UAGCGUGAAUGAACCUUCUGAGAAAUCGAUUUUUGUACGAUAUAUUUUAUACACACAUGUGUAUACUGCAUUUAUAUGUAGAGUAAGUGAUCGAAAAAAGCAGGAUAGGAAUAAGUACCAUAUAAAUGUAUAUAUAUAUACAUAGAAAUUAUUAUAUAUAGUAUUUAUUAAUAAUUAAUAGCACUUGUGAUAAGCAGAUGUUUUAAAUUAUUUAAAGGUGUAAAUAUUUUUUUUGGUAUGUAAAAUUUAUGAAAAUGUUUAAAAGAAAGAAUAAUAGAAUAUUGUAGUUCACAUAUAUACAUAUGUAUGUAUAUAUAGGUAAUGUGUCUUGAUUUUUUUUAAUACUGGUGCAAAGUGCAGUUAUUAAAUAUCUUAAAAAAUGUGUUGAUAACGUGGACGUAAUUGUAAAUUUAAAUAAAAUUUCGGGAAAUUGGGGUUGGAUUUAUUUAUUUUAAAAUAAAAUUUUUGAGAUACGAAAAUGGUGUUGGGUAGAAAUGAUAAGAGAAAAAGGAAAGUCGGUGACCUGGUUGAUCUUAUGGAUCCACUUUCGGAGUCUCCUAAAAGAGCUAAAGUUCAUGCUCAGAGAAAAUUCGCUCAAGGAUCAGCGACAGUGUUUACAUCUCCUCAAACUUUAGUUAAAGAAAAAGAAAAACCUAAACCUGCUAAGGUUACUGAGUUGAUAACACAUAAACGUCCUAAUACUGAAGAUUUUUUAACGUUUCUUUGUUUUAGAGGAACGUCGAUAUUACCACCGAGUUUAGAUUUUUUUAAUGUUGGGUUAAAGAAAGAUAAAGCAGAAUCAAAAACUACAUCAAAAAAGUUAAGUAGUACAAGUAAUUCAUCAACAUUUACUCCGACACCAAGUACAUCUGGAGUAGGAUCAAAAGCAGUAACAAAUCAAACUACAGUAACUAAAGCAGGAGCAACAGGAAAAGUUGGUGAUCCAGUGCGGAAAAAAGUUACAACAGAAAUUCAAAAGCCUGUAAAUAAAUUCAAAUCAGCAACGUCGACGAUUCAAGCCCUGAAGAAAAAGUACCAAGAGCAACGUCUAGCCAAACAGAGGAUUGAAAAUAAGUUGAAAAAGACUUGUGUUAUAAGCACACGGUUCUCUGCAGGCAGACCUAUGUUAAAGACCGUUCACAAAUUAGCACCACGUAAAUUUUUGCCGAGAGUUGAACCUAAAAGACACUGCCUACGAAGUAACACGACGUUGGAAAAGCCGUUUAAAGCUUUUGGGAAAGCUAAAAUAAUUUCACCGUCAAAGGGAACGGCGAAGAAACGAGCGGUGUUGAAAGAACAGAGCAGCGAGUCUUCGAGCUCAGAAUCUUCUUCAGAGGACAAUAAAUCAGAUAUUAAAUUAACUCAGCAGAUAAAACGUACGAUUAAGAGCAUAAAGAAAAAUGCAACAACGAAUAAACCGGAGUCGAGAAGAGUCACUCGGUCGUGUACUGAAGUGACAUCACCGGCGGCUCCAGUCACUCAGUUGUCGUCACAAAGGCCUUCUAGAAAAACUAAAGAAGCUGCUGCUGUUUAUAUGGAAAUAUUGAGUAGAAAAUUAGUUAGUCCUGAUUUAGAUAAUGAUGAUAAUUUGUCUGUUGAUAGUUAUCCAGAGUUACCCAACACUAGGCGUCUUGUUGAAACGGAAGCUAAAGUUAAAGUUAAGAAACUGAUUAAAGAAAAGAAUAAAGACAAAGACAAAAAUAAAGAUAAAAAAAAAGUACUGAGUAGAAAAUCAAAUGUUGCUGGAAAUAAAGGUAAAGAGAAGGCUACUGCAGUAGUGAAGAACAAAAAAAUUGCUAAGGCUCAAGAGUCUUCGGAGAGCGAAGAAGAGUCUGUUAGCUCGGAAGAAAGUACGCGAGCCAGACGUAUGACUAGACGUAGCAGCAUUCCUUCAGCUAAGCCAGUAGUUGCUCGUAGUCUCAGAUCGUCAUCACGCAAUUCACCUCAGAAGAUUGUCAAUUCACCGCCUGCCGUUGUCGGUAAAGUCAAAGCCAAGACUUGGAUUAGACGCAAACGAGAGACGGUUACUUCUCCGGUUGAAAAAGUCAAAGAGAAGGAAAAGGAAAAAGAAAAAGAUAAAGAUAAAGAUAAAGAAAAGGAGAAAGAGAAGGAGAAGGAGAAGGAAAAGAAAGUUAAUGAAAAGAAAAACAAAGAGGAUAAAGUACCGGACGAAGAAUUUAGUGGCGUAAGUAAAGUCAAGAAGAAAAAAGAUGAUGAGAAGGUUGAAAAGUUAGAAAAAGAAGUAAAGAAAGAUAUUGAGAAGGAAAAGGUUGAGAAAGACAUCAAAGGAUCUGAUGACGAAGAAUCUUUUCGUGGAUUUAUCACGAAGCCAAUAACUAAGGUAGCUAAUCCUUGCAAUAGUCAAGUGAGUGUUAAUUUGACCCCUUCUGAAGAAGUUAAUAAAAAAUUAAAUGCUUUGAAAACUACUCCGAAUACUUUGGAGUUGAGGGAUAAAGUUGGCAAAGCUGAAGUUCCUGCGUCGGUUAACGGCGGGGAGGUGAAGUCUGAGCAAAAAGAAUCUUUAUCGAGUCAUGUACCUGUUGUGGGAUCGUUGUCAUCUCAAGCCAGCAUUUCAGAGUCUGAUAAAAAAUUUAAUCGUGUAACAAAUGUAAAUACUCAAACUACUGCUACUACUACUGCUGCUGCUGCGGCUAUUAUUGAUAUUCCAUUGACAACUUCUUCGUUGGGACGAAAAGAACGUGUUAAUAUGUCGACAGAGCAAAUUGAAAAGUGGUUGAAUGAAAGUUCAAUGGCCAAAGAAGAAAGUAAAGCUGAGAUGGAGACUGUUACGAACUUUACAUUCGAAGUUGCGGGUAAAAGUAAAAAUGAUAUGAAUCAUUUGUCAAUACCAACGCGUAUCCAGCAUCUUGUGAGACCGGUUAAUGUUGCGAUUGCUAAAAUGGCUGAGAAGACGCUUACUAAAGAACGUUUGAGUAAUGCGGUUAAGGCUGCGACCUUGGUCAACGCCGGAACUGUCGUAGGAGCUGCUGCAGCCAUUGCGAAAUUGUCGAAUUCAGCAAAUCCGGUGCUCACGACAAACAGAAAUAAAAUAAACGCUGAUAUCAAGGAGAUUAUUAAGGGAAGAAUUGCUAAGACUGGUGUCUGUACUCCGAAUAAAGAGACCGUUUGUGAAGACAGUGAUGUAAGUUCCCGGGCUGACGGUGCUAGUACUUCAGUGGAAGGAUCUCCGGAGAAAAAAUCACCCGAUAAAAAGCUUAUUGUUCAACGUAAAACAUUUUUACCAAAAGUUAAAGAACGUAAGAUUGCUAUUCCUAGUAUCAAUGCCUUCUCUCCGGAAAAUGAAAGCAGCGUUUAUGCUUUUGAGAGCGAUACUGAAGCUCCAAUUAAUACGCCUUUCAGGAGAAAACAGCGUGACAGUAAAUCUGGUGCUUCUGGUUCGUCGGACAUGGAUGUGUCGAGGACAGAGAGUGAGGAUGGCAAUACACGAACUCCUGGAAAGUUAACGGACAAGGAUGAUAAAUGUAUGAGUAAAUCAAAAAGCGUUGGUACGAGUAUUGAGGAUGUUGGCACUGAAGUUAAGUCAAUUACCAGCUCUGCUGAUAAAACUAAACAGCCGAGUAGUUUUCAAAUACCUGAUACAUUUCGUAACAUGUCUAAUGUGCAAGUUGUACCGCUUGGAAAGAUUCCUAGUGUAUGGAAUAAUGUAAAUUGCAGUGCUUCAAUAGCCGUGCAGGUAAACUUUGAUGACCAGUCCCAGAAUUUGCAGAAUCAGGUGGCGACUGAAGAGAGCCAGCAGCGUAGCACGGAAAUAUCAACACAGACGGAAAAUACAAACGAGAAUGAGGACGAAACUGAUGCUCACGUAUUUUACAUUCCUUUGCAAACGGUAUCAAGGAGCGGUCCUAAUUUAGUACAGGGACAGCCGCUGAUACAGGGCGUAGCUGUUAAAUUAGGCACUGAGGGACCGACGGGUCCUAAUCAACGUGUGCUGUUACGAGCUCAAUUGGUAACAAAACCACCGAUGGCUGUUGCAAGAUGUCCACCUGUUGGCACUGUGCAGCCUACUACUCGGACACCUCCAACUAGUACCAGUGAUACGGUACCGUCUACUUCUACAUCAUCUACAUCUACAUCUACAUCUAAUUUAGGUCCAGUAAAACCUAGGAUUCCGGGGUCGCAAACGGAAAGUGUUGCGAAGCAGACUGGUGUAGCUGAAAAAAUUACCAAGUCUCCAAAGGUAUCUCGCGAGCGCAAAAGCUCAGCAGAUGCUCCUAAAGUUGCUAGAAAACUUUCGGCUAAGGCGAAAAAAAAUGCUGAGAUGAUUAAAAAUAUUGAGAACGCGUUUCCUAGUAUGGAAAUUAAAGGUGAAGCGCGCUUGGUUGACGCGCCGACGUUCUAUCCUUCAGAGAAAGAUUUUCAAGAUCCGCUUGAGUACAUCGACAAAAUAAGACCUAUCGCUGAAAAAUAUGGAAUCUGUCGGGUAGUACCGCCUUCUAACUUCAAGCCCGAGUGUAAAGUAUCAGACGACAUGAGAUUCACUGCUUACAAUCAGUACAUUCACCGCAUGCUCCAUCGGUGGGGUCCAAAUGUAAAGGAAAUGAUGGCGAUUAAAAAGUAUUUAGCUACUCAGAGUAUUACUUUGAAUCAGCCGCCGUGGAUUGGUGGUAUGGAAGUUGAUUUGCCUCAUCUGUAUCAAACAGUACAGAGUCUAGGUGGCCUGAAAGAAGUCAUAGAAAAAAAAAAGUGGCAGAAGGUUGCCGAUGGCAUGAAGAUUCCUAAAUCUGCGCAAGAUCGGGUUACCAAGCUAGAUGAUAUUUAUUGUAAAUAUUUAUUGCCGUAUGACACGUUAUCUACAGACGAACGGGAAAAAUUAUUUGAUGAAGUGGAAGCUGAGUGGAGAAAACACGAGAGCAAAGCACUUCAGAGACUCAACAGCACGCUGUCAAGUGACAAUGACGAUGAUGAAGACGAUGACAGUUCCGAUGAAAUCGAGGAGUGCAUUGUCAAGGGUAGAAAUAUGCCACUGAAUGCUUUCUACAGGAUAGCACGCAACACCCAGCGCAUGUGGUUCUCCGAUAACCAGAGCACGACUAAUGAAGCUGAAGGUGCUUCUGCAAGUGAAGUUGAAAGCGCGUUUUGGAAACAUGUUUCUGAACGCAAACGUCAUGUCUGUGUUCAUGCUGCCAGCAUCGAUUCAAGUGGCCGCGGUUUCGGGUUUUCCGUUGCUAAAAACAGCCCAUUCGCACGUCAUCCAUGGAAUCUUAAAGUCUUGACAAAUAAUAAUGGCUCUGUUCUAAGAGCUCUGGGCCCACUGAUGGGCGUCACUGUGCCCACACUCCACGUCGGGAUGCUUUUCAGUGCCUGCUGCUGGUACCGUGACCCUCACGGAUUACCGUGGAUUGAAUAUCUGCACACUGGUGCUAAAAAAAUAUGGUACGGUAUUCCCGAUGAGCACAGUGAUAAUUUCCGAGAAGCUUUGUCGAAAAUGGUACCGAGGUUUUGUAAAAAUAAAACAAUUUGGCUGCCUUCUGACACUGCUAUGGUACCGCCUGAAAUGCUUGUCAACAAUGGUGUUCCCUUAUGUCAAACUGUCCAAGAACCUGGACAAUUUAUUAUUGUUUUUCCCAAAGCAUUUACUUCGAGUAUUUGUACAGGGUAUGUUGUUUCGGAGAGUGUUUACUUUGCACAAACUACGUGGCUCGAACAUGCUGAACAAAUAUUCAAGGAUCUUCAGGAUAGCUGUGAACCAUCAAUGUUUUCAUUUGAACGAUUACUCUUUAGUAUUAUUAAUGAUACUAGAUCUCAUGUAGAUGUUUUAAAGCAGAUAUUACCGGUUGUUACAAAAAUACGAGAGAGAGAAUUAAAUUAUCGUCAGCAAUUAGAGUAUUACGGACUAAUCAAUAAAGAAAAAUUACCAUUACCCGGUAGCGGUAAACGUAAAAAAGGGCAAAAAUUUUCAGAAGAUGAAGACGAAUAUGAGUGUGAAAACUGUCGCGCUAAUCUAUUUGUUUCAUUAGUUAAUAAUUCACAAGACGACAGUACUUAUUGCCUUCCUCAUGGAUUACAAUUGAUAGGACGUAAAAAACAAGUACUUAAAAGUUGUACACUUAAAUAUACGUAUAGUGAGGAUGAAUUAGAUGAAUUGAUUCACAAACUGGAGGAUAGAAUCGAAGCCAAAUCUAAAAGAACUAAUCAAACAAGACAAGCUAGACUAUAAUUUAUUUUUAUUAAAUGAUUUAUUAGGAGCAAUCUAGAUGGUAAUUUAAUAAUAUGCUUUCCAGAGAUUUUUUAUUAAUUAUUUAUUUAUUAAUUAUCAUUCAAUUCAAUAUCAGGAAUCACAAUAAGGCUAUUGAUUUUUCUUUUAUUAUAUAAAAUUAUUCUUGAUGUAUCACAGUAGCAAUACAGUUUUAUCCAAGUGCUGACAAUAUUUUCAUAAUUUAAGCGAUUGCAGUUAUGAAGAAAAAAAAUUAAUUUAAUCUUAAUGCUGUUGCUUAGUGCCAAAAUAUUUCAAGUGCAAAUUGGAAUGUAUUUUUCUUUAUAUUUGUUGAUACAAAAAU